GUCCUGCGCUCCGGUCGGUCCAUCGGUCCUGCGCACCGGCCCGUCCAGCUCCGAAGAGCCGCGGCGCUGCCCCGUGAGUCCCGGCGCCGCCCGAAGCUGGAGGUGCACAGCCCUGCCAUGUGCUGGCCCUAGCUGCCCUCCGAGAGGAUGUCCGGGGUGUCCGAGCCCCCGAGCCGAGUGAAGGUGGGCACACUGCGCCGGCCGGAAGGCCCCCCGGAGCCCGUGGUGGUGGUGCCCGUGGACGUGGAGAAGGAGGACGUUCGCAUCCUCAAGGUCUGUUUCUACAGCAACAGCUUCAACCCUGGCAAGAACUUCAAGCUGGUGAAAUGCACCGUGCACACCCAGAUCCAGGAGGUCAUCGCCUCCAUCCUACUGAGCGGGCGCAUCGGCCCCAACAUCCAGCUGGCCGAGUGCUACGGGCUGCGGCUCAAGCACAUGAAGUCGGACGAGAUCCACUGGCUGCACCCGUACAUGACGGUGGGCGAGGCACAGGACAAGUACGAGUGUCUGCACGUGGAAGCCGAGUGGAGGUAUGACCUUCAGAUCCGCUAUCUGCCCGAGAACUUCCUGGAGAGCCUGAAGGAGGACCGGACCACGCUGCUCUAUUUCUACCAGCAGCUCCGGAACGACUACAUGCAGCGCUACGCCAGCAAGGUGAGCGAGGGCAUGGCGCUGCAGCUUGGCUGUCUGGAGCUCAGACGGUUCUUCAAGGACAUGCCCCACAACGCACUUGACAAAAAGUCCAACUUCGAACUGCUGGAGAAGGAAGUGGGGCUCGACCUGUUUUUCCCCAAACAGAUGCAGGAGAACUUGAAGCCCAAACAGUUCCGAAAGAUGAUCCAGCAGACCUUCCAGCAGUACGCCUCGCUGCGGGAGGAGGAGUGUGUCAUGAAGUUCUUCAACACGCUGGCGGGCUUCGCCAGUAUAGACCAGGAGACCUACCGCUGCGAGCUCAUUCAAGGGUGGAACAUUAUGGUGGACCUGGUCAUCGGCCCCAAAGGCAUCCGCCAGUUGACCAGUCCGGAUGCGAAGCCCACCUGCCUGGCCGAGUUCAAGCAAAUCAAGUCCAUUCGGUCCCUGCCGCUGGAGGACAACCAGGCCUUACUGCAGCUGACCAUCGAGGGGGCCCCCCAGCCCUUGUCCAUCAAGACCUCCUCCCUGGCGGAGGCCGAGAACAUGGCAGACCUCAUAGACGGCUACUGCCGGCUGCAGGGCGACCACCUGGGCCCCCUCAUCGUUCAGCCCCGGAAAGAUGGCGAGAAGCGAAGCAGCCUGCCCCAGAUCCCCAUGCUGAACCUGGAGGCCCGGCGCUCGCAACUGUCGGAGAGCUGCAGCAUAGAGUCGGACAUCUACGCGGAGAUCCCCGACGAGACCCUGCGAAGGUCGGGAGGCCACCAGUACGGUGUUUCCCGAGAGGACGUCGUUCUGAAUCGGAUUCUCGGGGAAGGCUUCUUUGGGGAGGUCUACGAGGGGGUCUACACAAAUCACAAAGGGGAGAAAGUGCAUGUGGCCGUGAAGACCUGUAAGAAGGACUGCACCCAGGACAACAAGGAGAAGUUCAUGAGCGAGGCAGUAAUCAUGAAAAACCUGGACCACCCACACAUCGUCAAGCUCAUCGGCAUCAUCGAGGAAGAGCCCAUCUGGAUCGUGAUGGAGCUGUACGCCCACGGAGAGCUGGGCCACUACCUGGAGAGGAACAAGAGCACCCUGAAGGUGCUCACGCUGGUCCUGUACUCGCUGCAGGUCUGCAAGGCCAUGGCCUACCUGGAGAGCAUCAACUGUGUGCACAGGGACAUCGCUGUCCGGAACAUCCUGGUGGCCUCCCCGGAGUGUGUGAAGCUGGGAGACUUUGGCCUUUCCCGGUACAUUGAAGAUGAGGAGUAUUACAAAGCCUCCGUGACUCGUCUGCCCAUCAAAUGGAUGUCCCCCGAGUCCAUCAACUUCCGCCGCUUUACCACAGCCAGUGACGUCUGGAUGUUUGCCGUGUGUAUGUGGGAGAUCCUGAGCUUCGGGAAGCAGCCCUUCUUCUGGCUGGAGAACAAGGACGUGAUCGGGGUGCUGGAGAAGGGUGACCGGCUGCCCAAGCCUGACCUCUGCCCACCCAUCCUCUACACCCUCAUGACCCGCUGCUGGGACUACGACCCCAGUGAGCGGCCACGCUUCACCGAGCUCGUGUGCAGCCUCAGUGACAUCUACCAGAUGGAGAAGGACAUCGCCAUGGAGCAGGAGAGGAAUGCCCGCUACAGACCCCCCAAAAUCCUGGAGCCCACGGCCUUCCAGGAACCCCCACCCAAGCCCAGCCGACCCAAGUACAGGCCCCCUCCUACGCAGACCAACCUGCUGGCCCCCAAGCUGCAGUUCCAGGUGCCCGAGGGUCUGUGUGCCAGCUCGCCUACGCUCACCAGCCCCAUGGAGUACCCAUCUCCCGUAAACUCAUUGCACACCCCACCUCUCCAUCGACACAAUGUCUUCAAGCGACACAGCAUGCGGGAGGAGGAUUUCUUCCGGCCCAGCAGCAGGGAGGAGGCCCAGCAGCUGUGGGAGGCUGAGAGGCUGAGGCUGCGCCAGGUGCUGGACACACAGCAGAAGCAGAUGGCCGAGGAUUACCGCUGGCUGCGGCAGGAGGAGCGCUCCCUGGACCCCAUGGUCUACAUGAACGAUAAGUCCCCACUGACCCCGGAGAAGGAAGCUGGCUACACGGAGUUCACGGGGCCCCCCCAGAAGCCACCACGGCUGGGCACUCAGAGCAUCCAGCCCACGGCCAACCUGGACCGCACAGACGACCAGGUGUACAUGAACGUUAUGGAGCUGGUGCGCGCCGUGCUGGAGCUCAAGGACGAGCUGGCGCAGCUGCCCCCCGAGAGCUACGUGCUGGUGGUGAAGAACGUGGGCCUGACUCUGCGGAAGCUCAUUGGCAGUGUGGACAGCCUCCUGCCUGCCCUGCCCCCGUCGUCCCGGACAGAGAUCGAGGGGACCCAGAAGCUGCUCAACAAGGAUCUGGCUGAGCUCAUCAACAAGAUGCGGCUGGCGCAGCAGAACGCCGUGACGUCCCUGAGUGCAGAGUGCAAGCGGCAGAUGCUCACGGCCUCCCACACCCUGGCUGUGGACGCCAAGAACCUGCUGGACGCUGUGGACCAGGCCAAGGUUCUGGCCAACCUGGCGCAGCCGCCCCCGGAGUGACCCGCCCGCCCCUCCUGCGCUGCCCCGGCCCCUCCGGAAUCGGGGUCUUGUCAGUGGGGGGACGGCCUUCCUCCUUGGCCACUUUGCACGACCCCCUCCCCACCCUGACCCCUGACGCAGGGCUGUAGAUACCAGAGGACAGAGAUCCCGCCGGCCGCACCCUCAUACCUGCCUGGCCUCUUAAUGGGGGGGUCCUAGGGGUACCCCCAGCAGCCACGAAGGUUUCUGCCAUCCAAACAUGGCUGCCGAUAGGGGGCCAGGCUGUUCUUUCUCUUUCCUUUCAGCCACCAGAGACCCCCAAGGUGGUAGAGGCCAGUAUUGAGGUGGGGGGCGCUGGUGAGUUGAGGGGCAGGCCAGCUCUCUCAUACUGUGUAUAUUGGGGUUAUUUAAUAUUAGCUCAGCCUGGAUAGGCAGCUGGGUGUCCCAGACUGAGGGGACCCCGGACCACUGUCCAGGGACUGGCAGUCAGGAGUCAGGACUCCGGAAGCUGUGAGCAUGGAGGAGGAAGAGAGGGAAGGGGGGGAGGUGCCCUCCUCACCCCCGUGCUCCCCAUCCUGCCCUCCCUCUCUCCCUUUUCUUAUUCCUCCUCCUCUUCCUCCUCUCCUUCCCUGUGUAUGUGGGGAAGACGCUUCUCUUCUUUCUAUUUGCCUUGUGAAUGAAUUAAAACUGUACCAUUUG